AUGGCGACAGCAUGUGCAAGAGUUAUGAAGAGGCUUUUGCAGAUCCUGUUCCAGGGAUGUAUUCUGUUAGAAUGUGUAACAGAAUUUUCCAGGGUGGUUUAUAACAUCUCAGAAGAUCAUUGCAAUUCAUUGAGCCCACCAUGCUUUACUGAAGAGGACCGAUUCAGUCUGGAAGCUCUCCGCACAAUCCAUAAGCAGAUGGAUGAUGACAAAGACGGUGGUAUUGAAGUAGAUGAAAGUGAUGAGUUUAUCAGGGAAGAUAUGAAAUAUAAGGAUGCAACUAAUAAACAUAGUCAUCUGCAUAGAGAAGACAAACAUAUCACGGUUGAGGAUCUGUGGAAACGCUGGAAGACCUCUGAAGUUCACAACUGGACUCAGGAGGAGACACUUCAGUGGUUGAUAGACUUUGUUGAACUUCCUCAGUAUGAGAAAAAUUUCAGAGACAGUAAUGUCAAAGGAACAACACUUCCCAGGAUAGCAGUAAAUGAACCUGCUUUUAUGAUCUCUCAUCUGAAAAUAACUGAUCGGAGCCACAGGCAGAAACUUCAGCUAAAAGCCUUGGACGUUGUUUUAUUUGGACCUCUCACACGCCCCCCUCACAACUGGAUAAAGGAUUUUGCACUAAUAAUUUCUAUAGUAAUUGGUUUUGGAGGCUGCUGGUUUGCAUAUACUCAGAACAGGACCUCAAGAGAACACAUCAUAAAAAUGAUGAAAGACUUAGAAAGCCUCCAAAAUGCAGAGCAAAGCCUUCUUGACUUGCAAGAGAGGCUCAUAAAGGCACAGGAAGAAAAUAGAAAUGUUGCUGUAGAAAAGCAAAACCUGGAGCGCAAAAUGAUGGAUGAAAUCAAUGAUGCAAAACGGGAAGCACAGCGCCUGAGGGACCUGAGAGAGGGAGCUGAAUGUGAACUUAGCAGGCUCAAGUAUGCAGAGGAAGAACUAGUACAGGUUCGAAUGGCUUUGAAGAAAGCUGAAAAAGAAUUUGAACUGAGAAGCAACUGGUCUGUUCCUGAUGCUCUGCAAAAAUGGCUCCAGUUAACACAUGAAGUGGAAGUGCAGUACUACAAUAUUAAAAGACAAAAUGCAGAAAUGCAGCUAUCUAUUGCUAAAGAUGAGGCAGAAAAAAUAAAAAAGAAGAGAAGCACUGUCUUUGGGACAUUACAUGUUGCACACAGCUCUUCCUUAGAUGAGGUGGACCAUAAAAUCCUUGAAGCAAAAAAAGCACUCUCUGAACUGACAACAAGUUUGCGAGAGCGUCUUUAUCGAUGGCAGCAGAUUGAGAAGAUCUGUGGCUUUCAGAUAGCGCACAACUCAGGAUUACCGAGCCUGACCUCUUCUCUUUACUCUGAUCACAGUUGGGUAGUGAUGCCCCGAGUCUCCAUUCCGCCUUACCCAAUAGCUGGGGGAGUUGAUGACUUAGAUGAAGACACUCCUCCAAUAGUUUCACAGUUUCAUGGGUCCAUUGUAAAGCCUCCCAGCACCUUAGCAAGAAGCAGUAGUUUGUGUCGCUCGAGGCGCAGUGUUGUGCCAUCAUCUCCACAGUUGCAACAUACUCAAUAUACUCCGCAUACUUUGCACUCCCCUGACCCUGACAUCCUUUCAGUGUCAAGUUGCCCUGCUCUUUACCGUACUGAGGAAGAGGAAGAAGCUAUUUACUUCACUGCUGAUAAACAAUGGGAAGUACAGGAUACCAGUUCAGAAUGUGACUCCUUAAAUUCAUCCAUUGGAAGGAAGCAAUCUCCUCCUUCAAGUCUUGAAAUACACCAAACGCUGUCUCCUCAAAAGAUCUCCCGGGAGGAACUCUCACUAGAGGAAUCAUCUACAGGAGACUCCUCAUCUCUGACUGCAGAUAUUUCAAGGGGCUCUCCUGACUGCAUAGGCAUGACAGAAACUAAAAGCAUGAUAUUUAGCCCUGCAAGCAAAGUGUACAAUGGCAUCCUGGAGAAAUCUUGCAGCAUGAACCAGCUGUCUAGUGGGAUCCCAGUCCCAAAGCCUCGCCACACCUCAUGCUCCUCAGCCAGCAGCGAUUGCAAACCUGCUCAUGAGGCCUCCCCUGUCCCUCGAAUAAGUAGCAUCCCACAGGACCUAUGCCAGAAUGGUGAAAAAAACAAAAAGCCCUCCAAAAUAAAAAGCCUCUUUAAGAAGAAGUCCAAGUGAAUUGGGAAGGCAAAACCCCACAGAGUGGUGUGAUUAAACAUUUAAUUUUUUAAAACUUUAGGGAGGUAGUUACUUUGGGGCAUUUCAGACUGGAUGCCAUAGCAGGAAAGCUGUAUAGGUCAACUUUACUAUUUAAAUGACUCCAGUGUCAAAGAUCAUGCCAGCUGUCAAAUCAGAGAUGAUUAAAAUGUUCAGUCAGUUUACAGUCAUUUCUGCUUAUUUAUUUCUGCUUUGUUUUUAGUUUCAGCCUUUUUUUUUUUUUAAAGCCACUUUGGACUUGCAAGCUUUAAUGGACUAGUAAGCCUGUGUGGGCUUGCCAAAGUUUCUUGUUUACCAGAGCAUCUUCUUAUCUUUCCACAGAGCUAGGACAUUUGUCCACUGGACAGAAGUAACAUAAGGAAGUAAAACUAAUUAAAUUGCACUACUGUUUUUCAGACUGGAAAAGUAUUUCUGCAAGUGAAACUGUAUGAUUUCUUAACUGACUGAAGAGAUGGGUCUUUUCACUUUUAGAUCUUUUGGAAUUUUUAAGUAAAAACAUAAGCUUUCUAAUUGCCUUGAUUUCUGGAAAUGGAAACUCCAUGCUUUUAUUAUGGGAAGCUUCAUUAGAUGCAUUUAUUAUUUGAGCGGUUCAAGUCCUGCUGUAAAGAUCAUGUUUUUUUCAAGGGCUUUCACUGUGAUUUUACUGCAUUGCAGGCUGUAUGAUAAAAUAUAGAGAUAAUUUAACAAGAGAAGAGGCUCUUGAUUCCUUAUGCAAGUAAUGAAUAUGAAACUUGAGCGAAAGACUUAAACAUUCACAUGCUUAAAAUUGGGGUUGGGGGGAUACAGCACUUGUUUACAGACUUUGACAGACAAAGGAUGUUCAGUUUGUGAAAAUUUGUACUGUGGCAAAGAUAAUAAAUCAGAGACGUCAUUGUGCUUGGGGUUGCAUUAGCUGAUAUUCUGCUUCUGAGGUCCUGUUUAUUGAAAGCUGUUUUAGGCUGCUUAUGCUUAUUGCAGUGUGUAAGUUACUGUCAUUUUUGGAUCAGCUAUUAAUGUCUCAAUGUCCUACUUUUUGUAAGAUUUCAUACUCUUUAUUUUUGUAUAGUUUAAAGAGUUAGUUGUUCAGAUUUGUCUGGUUGAAGUAAACGGUCUAAUUUUAUAAUGCAUGUAGACUGUUAUGAAUUAAACGUAAUUUUAAGACUUAA